AUGUGCAAAGGGUUCGGCUCCACUUUGACCGGACCCACUCUGCAAUUGUAUAUCAACCUACCCUCCAAGUCCAUAGUCUCCUUCACGGUUCUCAGCGAUAAAUUUGUGGAACAAUUCGCCAGAAGCAGGGACCUGGAGAAAACCUCUGACAGCCUCUACGAGAUCCUCCAGCACCGAGCAGAACCCCUACGAGGCUACAUAGCCCGCUUCAAUCAAGAGAAGGUGGCUAUUCCCGAAUGCAGCAUCCCCACUGCUAUCUCUGCCUUCAAGAGAGGCCUGCUCCUGGACGGGGACCUCUAUAAGGAGCUAACCAAAUACCAGUGCAAAACCUUGGAAGACGUCAUAUCUCGAGCCUGGGCGCAGGUAAAAUGGGAGGAAGACAUCGCCAGCCGUGCUAAGGCGCAACAAAAGCCAGAUCCCAAUACGAUCAGACUAGACCAAACCGAGCGAGACGAGAAACCCUUUCAAAGACCAGCCAGGGACUCCGGAAAUCGAAUCCGGGACAGAUACCAGAACCAGCCGAUCAAGAAGGCAGAAGGGAUGGCAGUGUCCACGUGGCCAGACAUCUCUCACCUCUCCGUCUCAAGGCCGGAGCUGAUCAAUGUUCUGAGGCAGAUGGGCCAACAGGUCAAGUGGCCUCAGAAGAUGAAAGCACCCGACUCUUUCCGGAACUCUGGUUUCUGGUGCGACUUCCACCGAGACCACGGUCACAAAACAGAGGACUGCGUCGCACUAAAGAUCGAGGUCAACGAGCUGCUUAAGAAAGGACACCUCAGGGAGUUCCUUUCCGACAAGGCCAAGAGCCAUCUAAGCAAGGAGACAACGGGGAAGCCUACUGAAGCUGCUCUCGUCUCGCCACCUCAUCAGGACCGAGUGAUUCAUGUCACAUCGGGCGGUUCGGAGAUCAGCAGCAUCAGCCAUGCGGCCGCGAAGAAAAGCACCUAG